AGAUCUCAACAGCACCGCAUGUCUCUGCAACAACUGCCGUGAGACGCACACAAACCGCGUUUGCUUCCAAACUUUUACGCGCAUCAAGGAAGAAACUUAAGCAUGAGGUUAGUUAGCUGAGAGCGCGCACAGCACAGCACAGCACGCACGCACAAGCGCACCUCUUCAGGAAGAUGGAUUGUAAGAAAAAGUUAGACACUGCGCUCUGAAUCGGGACAGAGGAGACGAAAGAGAGAGAGAGAGCGAUCGAGAGAGAGAGGAGUGUAAUGUCGCGCAAACUUUGCGGCUUUCCAAACUUUUCUUAACUCGGUUCAUGGAGUUUUGCGUCCAGCCUGGAGAGCGUCGCUCAGUGCUGGUGCCAGCUCGGUUCUAGUUUACGGGAAUCUCGACUCCUGGCACAGUCCCCCACCCCCCGGCAAAAACACGGAGCUGGAAGAGCUUCGAGGAGAAAAAGAGACGUCAGUGAAGCUUGUGACAGAAAUUGAAGAGCAGCAUGGAAACUUCAGCUCCAACAGCAACUGACAAGAAGGAGUGUAAGAGUUCUGGUCUGGAUGGAAGCAGCUUCUCAGAACUCCCGAAGAAACCCUCGCCCACCACUCUGACCAGAGGGGCGCACCACCUUUUCCCCACUUUUCACACACCUAUCCCGAUUGACAUGCGGCACCACGAGGGGCGGUACCAUUAUGAGCCACACCCACUCCAUUCAAUGCACGGGCCUCCUGGACUGACGGGCAGUCCAGUCAUCUCAGAUAUUUCUCUGAUUCGCCUGUCUCCUCAUGCGGCAGCCGGGACCGGCGAGUCACCAUUCAGCCCUCCACAUCCGUAUGUCAGCCCUCACAUGGAGCACUACCUACGCUCAGUACACAGCAGUCCCACCCUCUCCAUGAUCUCAGCGGCCCGAGGACUGAGCCCUGCUGACGUAACCCACGAACACUUGAAGGACCGCGCCCUAUUCAGUCUCCCGCCACCGCCUCCGGGAGCGAACCCUGCAGAGUACUACCUGAUGGCCAGCGCCAGCCAGAGAAGCCCCUACGGUGACCUGCUGAUGCAAAGUGGUGCGGCGGCGGCGGCGGCGGCUGCAGCGGCCGCAGCUCACCUUCCAGAUUACAUCAGCCCUGUGGAUGUAUCUCGUUUUUCCAGCCCAAGGUUGACACCCCGGCUCAGCAGAAAAAGGGCACUGUCCAUCUCGCCACUGUCAGAUGCUAGCAUUGACUUGCAGACCAUGAUUCGUACCUCACCCAACUCCCUGGUGGCCUACAUCAACAAUUCCCGCUCCAGUUCAGCCGCUAGCAGCUCCUAUGGGCACCUUUCAGUCGGCGGAAUCAGCCCGACAUUCAGCUUCCCCCAUCACAUCAACCCCGUUGCCUACCAGCAGCUGUUGUCCCAGCAAAGGAGUCUCAACGCCUUUGGCCACACGCCUCCUCUCAUUCAACAGUCGCCAUCUUCGUUCUCUGCUCGUCAACACCCCCUCACUGCAUCACCUAUGUCCUCCCACAACAGCACCAACUCCGAAGCAAACCAGAACGCCAGUGGAGAUCCAGCAGUCAGCAGCACUGUCAACCCAUUGACCACGAAGAGGUCAAAGGUGAAGACCGAAGCAGAGGGUCCACUGCCCAUUUCACCAUCGUCUCAGGACCACGGUGGGGGGAUCCUGGACCUGAGUGAAGAUCUGGAUAAAGAUGAGUGUAAACAGGAGCCAGAGGCCAUCUAUGAAACCAACUGCCACUGGGAUGGCUGCUCCAAAGAGUACGAUACCCAGGACCAACUCGUUCAUCAUAUCAACAAUGACCACAUCCACGGUGAGAAGAAAGAGUUUGUGUGUCGCUGGGAGGAGUGUUCACGGGAGCAAAAACCCUUCAAGGCACAGUACAUGCUGGUGGUCCAUAUGAGGCGACACACGGGGGAGAAGCCCCAUAAGUGCACGUUUGAGGGCUGUUCUAAAGCUUACUCCCGCCUGGAGAAUCUCAAGACCCAUCUCAGGUCCCACACUGGGGAGAAACCCUAUGUAUGUGAGCACGAAGGCUGCAACAAGGCUUUCUCAAAUGCCUCAGACAGAGCAAAGCACCAGAACCGCACACACUCCAACGAGAAACCAUAUGUGUGUAAAAUCCCGGGCUGUACCAAGCGCUACACGGAUCCAAGCUCUCUCAGGAAGCACGUCAAGACGGUCCAUGGACCCGAAGCUCACGUGACCAAGAAACAACGAAGUGACGCUCCCCCAAGGCUACAGCCACCCAAAGGCAAUGGGGAGAACGAGGCAAACUCCAAGCACAGCGCAAGAGCCGUAGAUGGCAAGGUGGAGGCCAACAGCACCUCUAGGGGAGGGGAAGACUGCCUACAAGUCAAAUCUAUUAAGACAGAGAACUCUAUGACGUAUCAGUCCAGUCCUGGUGGCCACUCGUCAUGUAGCAGCGAGCCAUCGCCUCUCAGCAGCGCCAACAACAACGACAGUGGGGUAGAGAUGGCCGUGCACAGCGGGGGCAGCUUCGGGGACCUCAGCGCACAGGACGAGUGCCCCAUGGUUGACUCCACUGUUCCCACUGGGGGCCAGCAGGCUGGGAUGGGGCUUCAGUUGAGGAAAGCCACGGGUCACGGUGGUGCAGUCACCAUCAAGCUGGAAAACAUCAAGAAGGAAAGGCUGAAGACGGUGAGGGACCCCUGCCCCUGGGUUAACUCUGCGCCACAGCCGCUGCAGGGCCAACGCAUUAGCAUGAAGCUGCCUCCCAUACCUGCAGUUGGGUCCCUGCUGGAGAACUCCAACAUGAGUAACUUAACUGGUUCGUACCCUGCCCAACGCAUGGAUGACCUGUUGUCAUGUGAAGUGACGCUAUUGAACCAGCUGAACGAGCGCCGUGACAGCACCACCAGCACCAUCAGCUCUGCUUACACCCUAAGCCGGCGCUCCUCCGGUAUUUCACCGUGCUAUUCCAGCCGUCGCUCCAGUGGGACAUCCCAGUUUGGCGCUAAUCGCCACAACAAUAUCAGUUCAGCUGACUCCUAUGACCCAAUCUCUACUGACCUGUCUCGUCGAUCCAGUGAGGCCAGCCACUGCGGAGGUGGCGGUGUCAGUGGAGGAGGUGGAGCUGGCCUUCCAAGCCUUCUCAGUCUUACACCAGCACAACAUUAUCGGCUAAAGGCAAAGUAUGCUGCUGCCAUUGGUGGAGCACCACCUACUCCUCUUCCCAACAUGGAACGAAUGAGCCUAAGGACUCGCAUGGCACUCUACAGCGACUCCCAAGAAGGCUCAUCGCAUCCCUUCCAUCAGCCACCCUCUGGAACUGUACCAAGACGGUGCAGUGAUAUUGGAUAUGGCACGCAGAGCAUGAUGCCCCACGAAGUACCCACCAAUCUGCCACGCCGUGCAAGUGAUCCAGUGCGUCGUACGACACUGGACCCUCUCUCCCUUCCAAGGGUCCAGCGCUACAACAGCAUGAGCAGCAUGAACCCUAUGAAUGCUUCACCAGCUGCAGAACGUCACCAGACACUGGCUACACAGGGCUAUACUCGCUCUGAUGGAAGCCUGCAACGCUACCCAUUUGCCCCCAGACCACCAAGCAUUUCUGAGAAUGUAGCCAUGGAGAACAUGGCGGUAGAUGGAAUGAUGGUUGGGGGUGAGCAGGGUGGAGAGGAUGAUAUGGUGCUUCCAGACGAUGUGGUGCAGUACCUCAGGUCACAGAAUUCUGGCCCCUCUACUCACAACUUGGGACAAACCGACUAUAAUUCCAACGGUCAGACUCAGGGCUACCAGACAGGCGUGGCUCCACCAGCAUCAUUUUUUGCGCAGAGGAGGAUGGCCAUGGUGGAUACCAUGAUGGCUCAGUCCAAUCAGGAUGUGCAGUCCUGCCAGAUGGGUCCGGGAGGUGCUCAGCAGCCUUUUGCAGCAUCAUCAGAAAACAUGAACAAGAAUAACAUGCCAGUGCAGUGGAAUGAGGUGAGUUCAGGAACAGUGGACACCACAGCCAAGCUUCCCAAACAGCAGCAGCAUCCUCUCAGGGGGAACCUAGCUGUUGUACAGCAGAGGCAGAACUUUGGGUCCUUCCAGACGCAAGGUCAGGGCUUGAGCAACAACCAGCAAGUUGUGCCUAUGAGUCAGAAUAUAUCUAUGCAGGGGUGUGCAAACCACAGCAACCAGAGGCUGAUGAACAUCUCUCUACAGCAGCAUCCACAACAGAGACAAUGCAACAGCGUGAACUUUAGUAACCAAAUGAGUCCUCAGCAAGGGUUUGGCCAAGAAGCAAUCCCAAGUUCUAUAUCUGGAAGCACUAGCAUGAGACCUACGCGCAACAGUAUGGCAGAUCAAGAGGUGCAAAGUUACAGAUCAAGGACACAGACGGAUGUGUAUUCUUAUGUCAGCCAAGUGGAUCCUCAGCAAAAUUAUGUUAUCUCCCAACAGCAGCACAAUGUCCAAAAUGGAGGCAGAGGAAUGUUACAACCCAGGCCUCCCACAGAGCCCAGGUCUACUGCCAGACCACACGGAGGGUCUAGCAUGACACAACCGAGCCGAUUGCUCAAGUCAUCGGAUGUUAGCCCCGGUCAAGGUAAUGAUACCUCUGAGGCAAGCCCAAAGCGGCCCAGUGGGUCAGUAGCCCAUGACAGCAACUCAGAAAAUCCAAACUCCGCUGUGUUCUACACAGGUCAGAUUCACAUGUUUGAGCCACCUUCUGUCAGCUUUGAUGCUCCCAUGUCCCCAUGUGCCAGUCAGGCUCCUUCCAGCAACAACACUUCUGCAGCCAACAUGGCUUCACCAGGCGUCAACCAGGUCUCCAGCAGCACAGUGGAUUCUUCCACCAGUGGAUCUGGGGCCGCAGAGCACGCCCAGAUCGACUUUGAUACCAUGCUCGAUGACGGAGACCACUCAAGCCUAAUGUCGGGCACCCUGAGUCCAGGCCUUCUGCAGAGCCUCUCUCAGAGUUCCUCACGUCUCACUACCCCCCGCAACUCUGUCACCCUCGCUUCUGUACCGGCAGGGAUUGGCAACAUGGCCAUCGGUGACAUGAACUCUAUGCUCACAGCCCUGGCUGAGGAAAGCAAGUUCCUCAACAUGAUUAGCUGAGAGCAAUCAAACACCUCAUCAUCCAUCCAUUCUUACCAUGAAUAUCAGGAAUAUACAAGAAUAUACAAGAAAGCACUGAUUGUACAAUGCAAAACUGCUCAUUACAUAAACUUUUUCUACACUGUUCAUAGUAAUAUGCUUAUCCUGUAAUAUUUGUUUCAGAUUAUAUGUUACAUUAAAAGGUUAAUAGUAAAUAUAGAUAGGGUUAAGGACCAUUUUCUAUCAUUUGUUAAAAAGCCAUACUUUUUAGCUACAAGUCUAUGAUAGCCCAGGGUAUAUAAACAGAUCAAGAACAAUUGCCAUUCAGUAUUUGCCAGCGUAAUAGGCUUUUAAAAAAGUGGUGCACUGAUAGCAGUUCACAUAGUGCCUUGAUGAGGUCAUCAAGUGUGAGAAUCUGAAUAUGACACAAAAACCGAAUUAUCAGGAAAUGGACACAAUAUGUGGAUAGACUGUUAUGUUUGUAGAUGAUACUGUAUGGUACCUGGUCUAAGAUAUGUUACACACUUGAUGUUUAAGCUAGAGCUGUCAAACAGUUUAUAAAUGAUAAAUUCAUUUUGUAUUGACUUACCUAAACGAUAAUAGGCAGUUGCAAAACCUGAUUAUGGAAGCGUGGAGCAGUUUCUUCAGCCCAUGUUAUGGUUCUCUACUACGACUAACUGGCAAACCUCACACGGGGUGAUCUGAUUAAGUAGCUCUACCCUCUACAUUUUCAACACAUCUGCAAGUUGCUUUUAGCCCACCCCAGUCCCAACUCCUUGCUUCUAAUACUUUGUCUGACUUCAUCAGUGUCAUGCUCAGUGCCUCUUCCUGUUGCUCACAUCCAUGAAUACGCGUAGAUGGGAGGGCAUGUUGAGCUACCAUAGCACCAAAUACAAAUUACUGCAUGUGGAAAUAAUAUUUUUUGACUACAGUGGUCCAGAGUAAACUCACUUUAAAACAUUAUUAAAGAGCUUAAAAGAAAUAAAUGGCUGCCUAAGGACUACAGUAGCUUAGAGUCUAGAUUAUAUGGUAUUAUUGCGAUAAUGGGCCAGGCUGUAUUAUACCAUACCAUUCUCUUAUCUCUGGGAGGAUGAACAGAAAAAGAACACUUUUUUUCAUUUUUGUUUGUUUGUAAGUGUGAAGUGGACCUGCAGCCCCAAACAAAAUCACUACCCAACUAGCUAACACAUCCUUCCUGUUGACAGGAAUGACUUAUCAGGGGGCAGGGUCUAGUCCUACUUUGACACAGUGACCAAAUAAAUUUUUAAAAAAGCCUGAGGCCAAAUUAUACACCAGGGAUGGUCAUGAUUUUCAAUAGUCAUUAAAUUAUUUUUUCUUCUAUCAUUUUCUUUUCUUUUUUUUAAUCAGUUGGUUAUGCUAAACUAUAUUUUCCUUUGGCUUUACCAGAAUGUGGGUGGAUAUAUAACACACUAAUACUCCCAGAGGUCAUAGUAAUGUAGCCGCAGUAGAAACUGUUUGCUGACAACCAUUAAACAACGGAAACAGGUUAAAUAAGUUAUGAAAAAUAACUGGAUAACAGAAGCAUGUGUAGUACAGCAAGGUUAGACGCUGCUGUACAAACAGGAGAAACAUGCAAAGCCAAAGACGACCACAGAAAUCCCAAAAUUUAAACAAAAUAAAAAAUAAAAAUGCGGUUUGGUGCAGAUGUUGUUAGGUAAAGCUAGCAUGUUACUACAUGUGCGUGCACUCAUUUGAGUAUUUGAAUCUGGGAGUCGAAUAAGUUCCAGUAAAUAUCAGCGUAUUUCUGCUCCCUAAUAAAUGCCAGUAUUGAAAAAAAAUAAACUGCCGUUGUAGUUCAUAUAUGCACUUAACCAUCCUGCAGCAGAGGAAAUAAAAGCUGUGUUUGCUGGAACAUGUCUUUAGGUACUAAAUGUUUACCAUCUGAAAUGUUUUGAAAUGUGUUACCAACGUGUGUGUGUGUGUGUCAUAAAAUUUCACUGAAUGCAGUUUACAAAGUGAACAUAUUUGACAGCCCUAGUUUAAACACAUGGUUGUUAGGCAUGUGAUCCACAGAACUGAAGUGCUUUCUGAUCAUAAUCUGAGAUUGUGAGGAUGUGAAAUGUGAUUUCCUUCUUUGCCCUCUGGAUCAGAGACGUUCAUUCUCCAUGGUCUCAUCUCACAAGGGUAAAUGAUUGAAAAGGACAAGGAUAUGCAUCAGUGUUAGUCCAUCAGGGCACAUGAACCCCUGCGCAUCUGAUGAGGAGCACUCUCUGAAAGAAUAUACAAGUACCUCUGUGUGUUCUCAGUAGAGAUCCAACUCUAAUUAACACAUUCAUACCCCCGUCACUGUACCCUGUCUCUCCCCUGGGUUCUCAAUGAACUGCAGAGUCCAGGAAAGGACUCAGACUUUGAUAAUGAAAUCCUGUUUUCGGACAGGAUUGGCAAACUAGGUCUGCAAAUUCCUCUGUUUUAUUAUGUUUGCUGAAAUUGCUGAAAGUAGCCUUUUAAAUGUUUGUGUGUAUGCUACCAUCCACUUUUACUAUGCUUGGUGUGUGUGUGUGUGUGUGUGUGUGUGGGUGUGUGUGUGUGCGUGCGUGUGUGUGUGUGUGUGCAUG